AUGCCACCAGUUUUCAAAUUGGGAAAUAAAGCAAACACCAACACCCCCAACCCAGCGAUGGAGGCUUUCAAAGCCAAACUCGCUGAAUACGAAUACGCUGAAAGAAUUCAGUGUAAGGUUAUGAUUGGCCUGGUAGACGCAAUUGAUAGAUACGUUGAUUUCUUCGCCGCAGGGGAUGAACGAACUGCAGUUAGGAAACUGAGCACCAAAAUCGUAGAAAUUCUUAUAUAUACCAUCAACAACGGAUCCGAUCCAUUAUCGAGUCCAUCAUACACACCACCAGCAAUAAGAAGUGCAGUUUCUACAAAAACACAAGUUACAAAAACCUAUGCAAAAAUCCUCAAGAUCCUCAAAACAAACCAAAACGGAGCAGGCCGAGAGAACCCACCCACACCUCAAAAAACCUUAUCAAAGGCCCCACCCAACAACGUACACACCAAACAACGAGUGACACGAAUCGCCCGGAGCACGGAUUACAGGCUACUAAUAGCUAUCAGCCCUGCAGCCCGGAUCAGCAGACCAGCCCCAUAUGUGCUAAGAAACACUCUCGUUAGGGUUAUUAUGGGCCUAACACUAGCUGAUGUCCCCACUAUAUCUGCCACUAAGACAGGAUAG